GGGAUAAUAUGAAAACAACAGAGAGAUAAUGGAUUGGUAGGGAGCACUGAGCCAGAGACAGGGGAAAGGGUUAAAGGGUGCUGCGGGGAAGGAGCUGAUGUGAGGGGCAACUAGGCGCUUGUUCUGGGGGCAGGGAGACUGAAUAAAAAGUCCCCCAAAGAUGAAACAUUAGGGGGCGAAUGGAGGGGUGAGGGCGUCUCUUUGCACAAAGCCCCUUCAGCUGCACAGGGAGAGGGGGACAAACAGGGAGGGUGGGGGCCGCGCACAUUGCCGGCUAUAGACAGGGCCACAAACCCGGCAAAUCCCGAGCUGCUCUCCGGCCCACGUGACAGACUCAGGGUGCAGGUCCGUCCCUAUGUACUCAAGCGGCGCAAAGAGCUACAAACAAAAGCACCGUGGUAGGAUGAGAGACAGCGCGGAUAGACAUCACGGAUUCCUAUUGCACAGCAGAGGCACAGCUGCAGGGACGGCUUGGGAUUAACAGACACACAGGAUGGCAGCCUGAAUGCUCAAUGUACCCUGUUGCCUACCAUGGCCUGGAUGUCCAGAGCACCUCCAAACAAUAUGAUUCGUCCCACACUGGGGCCUAAGGUGAAGCAAAAUCAUUUAUAGAGGUGUCUCUGCAUGGAAGUCGUCCAAUCACACAAGUGCUUAUAGAAGAAAGGUCCAAGGUUGCCAGUGAGGCAAUAUGACAGACACUAUGCAAACCCUACACUUCAAGCUGCUGCCCCCUGAACCAGGACAGGAUUGGCCUCCUCCUUGUGAGCAGGAAAUUGAGAGGAGAUACCAAGUGGUCCCUUCCGUGGUCUGUGCCAUGUGCUGCCUCUUUGGGAUCAUCUAUUGCUUUUUUGGUUACCGCUGCUUUAAGGCUGUGAUGUUUCUAACGGGUCUCAUGUUUGGUUCGGUGGUGAUCUUCAUGCUGUGCUACAAGGAGCGGGUAUUGGACACCCAGCUGAGUGUGGAAGCCAGCGUUGGCAUCGGGCUAGGCAUCGGGAUUCUGUGUGGGCUGGUGACUAUGCUGGUCCGGAGCGUUGGACUCUUCAUGGUGGGACUACUGUUGGGGCUGCUGCUAGCCAUAGCCACUCUGAUAGUCAUGGAACAGUUUUAUCACCCACGAACAGUCUGGGUUCCUGUGGCACUCUUGCUUGGCAUUGGCAUGCUCUUUGCUGUACUGACCUUGCAGUGGCAGAGAUUCUUCACCACACUUUCCACAGCGGUCUUUGGCAGCGCUAUAAUGACAGUGACUGUGGAUUACUUCAUUGAGCUGUUCCUGCUGGUGCAGUAUAUAUACCAGCGUUUGAAGGUGGCACCGCCUCAAGCUGUCUGUUGGUACAGCUGGGUCAUCCUGGGUAUCUGGCCUGUACUUAGCCUGCUGGGAGUUCUCGUUCAGUGGAAAGUCACAGGAGAGGGCUACUCUCACACAGAAGUCAUCAUCAGUCGGCAACAGCGCCGUGUCCAACUCAUGAAGAUAAAACAGAGGGAGGACAGGACAGAAAAAAAGAAGAAGAAAAGGCCACACCAUCAUCAUCCUCACCCGCAGCACAAAGCCCCGCACCCUCCAGAUCCUGCCUUCCGCCGGAAACCCACCCCCAUACGACGCUUUGAUGGGGACGUGAUUUCUCCCAGUUACAUUCAGAGUUUCCGGGACCACCAGUCAGGAUCAUCGAGAGGCCACACGACUGGGGCCCACACUGUGGUGGAUCUGGAUUAUGACUGUGGCUCUCGGGUGCCACUGACUGUAGGGACCACCUGUGCUGUGCGGGUAUAACAGUGGUUGAGAGGCACACAGAAUGAGGGCAACACGUGCAUACUCCAUACCAUGUCAUUGCGCUGUAUUAAGCAAUCAUUGUGGCACGCUGGGGUACUGACAUGUUACACAGGCCGUGGACACUCAAAAUCAGUUCCCCACAUUUUCCCCACAAAUUACCCACAGUCCUCUGUGGGACUAGACACAGUGUCAAUGUGAAUAUCAGCACCUUACCCCUGGCAAAGGCCCACAAACACCACUCUGACACACUAUACAACCUGUAGCUCACCUACCUCUCCAUAAGCUGCACCCCUUAGGGUUAACUACCAUCAAUCCAUUCCUAUUACAUUGAAUGCCCCCUUGGUUAGUGUCUGUUGCUUCAUAGAUUAACACAGAAUUGGGACACAUUGCCUUUAGAUAAUGUCAAAUUACAGAUCCCAUGGAACCGUUCUUUACUGAUCUUUAUUAGGCUGCAUUCUACAGGCCAACUGGGGCUCAUGGGAGAUGGAGAUCAGUAAAGUUAUUGUGUGGGCCAUAUUUGUUUAAGAGCCAUUAUAAAUGUCCCAAAAAGCCAUGACUAUUUGGCUUCUCAUGGAAGGGGGGGGGAUAUAGUGCUUGCAGUGGGCGAUGGGAAAUGUAGCUCUGUGAUAAUUAAGUUGCUAAAUUCCUCCAUCUUUAUUGCACCUGCCAUCAAUCCAUAUCUCUUUGCCUCUGCCCUUGCAUCCUGAAUCUGUCAAAGGGGAAGUCAAGUUACUAAAGCAGGCAGUAACCCUUUGUGCCUGAACUUACACUGAGCACCAGUGUCAUCUAGUGGCCACCUACAGGAGUAGUCCUUCAUGAAAAUGGAUGGAGAGAUCGGGAACCUAUGAUACGGAGGAGAAACUUCUGAAUUUCAGGACAUUUUGGUUCAUUGGUUGAAUCUAUACAUUUUUAGGAAACAAAAGCCACAAGACCCAUUUCGUAUGUAGGGUAUGGGGGUAAAAAAAACUUCUGAGGACUUUUCAAUGGAUGUUUUUUAAAUUCUUGUUGUUGGGAAGAGACGGUGUGUGAGAUGGUGUGUGUGUAUUUAUACAGGCUGUGAGAGAAUGACGGCUUGCAACUGCCCUUUUUAUUCCCCUCCAUGAUGUCCUUGAAAUUGUCUCCAACAGAGGGUCACUCAGCUUUCAGCCUUUUUUUGGUUGUUGUACUUUUGUAUCCACCCAUAAGCUGCAGCUAGUGAGAGAUAUUUCUUUUUUUGUCCAUGUGACCAGUAAUCCUUCAAUUUGUCUUGUUCCACAGGAACCUUGUAGGCAGUUUCUUCUCCUAGAAGAUGGAGGAUGGGGGUCAUUCUCUGCAGGUGGUGUCCCUUUUGGAUAUUGUUUUUUUCAUCUUGCUGCUGCUGCAGGACUACAACUCCCAUCACCCUCCACAGUGAGUCUUGGGAGUUGCAGGACUGCCACAGCUGAUUUUUGCCUGUUGGGACAUUUGGAGGCAAUUGGGUAAAUUCCUGGUAUGAGUGUAUAGUGCCUGUCUUGUUUGAUAGAUGUUUUAACCCUUAGCUGUCCCAGGCAGAGCAGCAUGAGUUUUCAGUCUGUAAGUGUAAAGGGCAACCCCUCAGGAUGUGUUUGCUGGUGGGAGGGGAACUUUACCUUCUUUAAAAUAUUUUCUAUCUGUGCCAAAAACUCAAGAAUAUUUCCUGUAAAUAUCCACUAAUCCUUGAUGAUUGUUAAUUUAUUUCCAUUCUAUAAAAUACAAGUCCCA